CUUAAGCUGCUGUUGCUUCUGCAUAUUCUGGUUUUGGACAUGGACCUGUGUUGCUCUCUAUCUGGCUGGUAAAUCUAACAAGAGGAAAGAAACACUAUACAGAGAUCCCUGGAUCUGUGAAUUACACCAAAGAAAUACAAAUAAGAUAUUUCAACAAAUAAAUCAAAUGGGUGAAGGAAGCUUGAGGAAAAGAAAAGAACAGGGCAACAGAACGGAGGAUGGACAAUCCAUUCAGAGUCAGGAACCCCAAGCUACGAACCUAAAAAAAGAGGUGGGCCUAAUUAGUGGAAUCUGUAUGAUCGUUGGUACAAUUAUUGGCUCAGGUAUCUUUGUUUCUCCAAAAUCAGUACUUGCCAAUGUUGGAGCUGUGGGUCCUUGUUUAACCAUCUGGGCAGUCUGUGGAGUUCUGGCAACACUAGGUGCACUUUGUUUUGCUGAACUUGGUACAACAAUCACAAAAUCAGGAGGAGAAUAUCCUUACCUUAUGGAGGCCUUUGGCCCAAUACCAGCAUUUCUAUUUUCUUGGGCAAGCCUGCUUGUCAUAAAGCCCAGUUCCUUUGCUAUCAUAUGUCUCAGCUUUGCAGAAUAUGCAUCAGCUCCCUUUUAUCCAGGUUGUGAUCCACCUCCAGUAGUCAUCAAGUGCCUUGCAGCAGCUGCCAUUGUGGUAAUUACAAUAGUGAAUUCACUGAGUGUGAAGCUGGGAAGUUAUCUCCAGAAUUUUCUCACAGCUGCUAAAAUGAUAGUAGUGGCAAUCAUUGCUAUAAGUGGGAUUGUUCUCCUUGCACAAGGAAAAACCCAAAACUUUCAAGAUUCUUUCAAGGACAGUAAAAUUUCUGUUAGCUCUAUUGGUUUGGCAUUCUACAAUGGACUCUGGGCAUAUGAUGGAUGGAAUCAACUCAAUUAUAUCACAGAAGAACUGAAGAAUCCUUACAGAAACCUACCACUAUCUAUAAUUAUUGGAAUCCCCCUGGUUACAGUUUGUUACAUUUUGAUAAACAUUUCAUAUUUCACCACAAUGACUUCAACAGAACUCCUGCAGUCCCAGGCAGUUGCUGUGACGUUUGGAGACAGAGUCCUUUAUCCAGCCUCCUGGAUAAUUCCUCUCUUUGUGGCCUUUUCUACAAUUGGAUCUGCCAAUGGGGUAUGUUUUACUGCAGGCAGACUUGUUUAUGUAGCAGGCCGUGAAGGGCACAUGCUAAAGGUGCUCUCUUACAUCAGCGUUAAGCGCUUAACACCAGCACCUGCUAUCAUAUUUUAUGGGGCUAUUACUAUUAUUUAUAUUAUCCCUGGUGACAUUAACACACUCAUAAACUAUUUUAGUUUUGCGGUCUGGAUAUUUUACGGUUUAAGUGUAUUUGCACUUAUUGUUAUGAGGUUUACAAGAAAGGAACUCAAGAGACCAAUCAAGAUACCUAUUGUCAUUCCAGUUAUAGUGACAUUAAUAUCCAUUUUAUUGGUUCUGGCACCAAUCAUCACCGCACCUGAACUGGCCUAUUUGUACUGUGUUUUAUUUAUACUAAGUGGACUUAUAUUUUAUGUACUUUUCGUUCAUUUCAAGUUCAAGUGGUCCCAAAAAAUAUCAGACCCCAUCACUAUGCACCUUCAGAUGCUUUUGGAAGUUGUUCCACCAGAGGAAGUUGCAGAAUAAAAUAUUUUGUGUGAUAAAGUGUUUUUAAGUGCUA